CAAGAUGAAAGAAACUAUCAUAAACCAGGAGAAACUCGCCAAACUGCAGGCACAAGUGCGCAUUGGUGGGAAAGGAACUGCUCGCAGAAAGAAGGUGGUUCAUAGAACAGCCACAGCAGAUGACAAAAAACUUCAGUUCUCUUUAAAGAAGUUAGGGGUAAACAAUAUCUCUGGUAUUGAAGAGGUGAAUAUGUUCACAAAUCAAGGAACAGUGAUCCACUUUCACAACCCUAAAGUUCAGGCAUCUCUGGCAGCAAACACUUUCACCAUUACAGGCCACGCUGAGACAAAGCAACUGACAGAAAUGCUCACCAGCAUCUUAAACCAGCUUGGUGCCGACAGUCUGACCAGUUUAAGGAGACUGGCUGAAGCUCUGCCCAAACAGUCCGUGGAUGGAAAAGCACCACUUGCCACUGGAGAGGAGGAUGAUGAUGAAGUUCCAGAUCUUGUGGAGCAUUUUGAUGAGGCUUCCAAGAAUGAAGCAAACUGAAUUGAGUUAACUUCUGAAGAAGAUAAAUCUUGAAGAAGUUACUGGGAGCUGCUAUUUUAUAUUAUGACUGCUUUUUAAAAUUUUGUUUAUGGAUCUGAUAAAAUCUAGAUCUCUAAUAUUUUUAAGCCGAAGCCCCUGGACACUGCACCUCUUUUCAGUUUUUGCUUAUAUACAAUUCAUUCUUUGCAGCUAAUGAAGCUGAAGAAGCCUAAGAAUAAAGUUUGAGACAAAGAUAAAUAAAAUUCUUUGCCUAGUAUAUGGUUUUAUUUUUUAUUUCAUUGAUACCAAUUUGUACACAGAAGGCAAAAUUGUUUAUAGAAGGCUAAUCAUGGCAUGUAAUAUGACUGAUAAUCAUGAAUGGAAUCUGAUUAAAGAUUUAAAAUGACAGUUAAAAA